AUGGCCACCACGUUGACCGGCCGCUGCGUCUGCGCCCAACUACAGUACUCCGCCAAACUUGCUUCCACAGACGAUGCGAGGACAUCUCUGUGCCACUGCUCCAGCUGCAAGAGAGCCUUUGGGACCAACUACGGUCUGACGACCAAGGUUCGUGGCUUCCAUACCGGCCUUCAUCUAUCGCAAUCACCGAGAGGUGCGCUGAUAUCAUCCCAUGGCCCAAAUGUCUCGUUAGAAGGCUUCUCCUACACGCGAGGCCAGCCGAAAAAGUUCAAGCAGGACAACGGCGUGGUCCGGGAGUUCUGCGACACCUGCGGCGCGUUCGUGUGCGAGUACGGGGAGGCGGCGGCGGACAAGUUUCGGUACGUCAUGUGGGGGACGUUCGACGAGCCUGACAAGGUGCCGCCCAAGGGAGAGUUCUUUUGCGCGCAGAGAGAAGCGUGGAUGCCGAAGAUUGACGGCGUCUUUCACAAACAGGAGAUCAAGCAGUGA